UCUCACACGCACAAAAUCUGGCCGUCCCACUAACCAACCCAUCUCUCUCUGAUGCUUCUUCAGCUUCUCCUUCUCUUUUAGGCUCUGUUUCUUUCUCUCUCUUUUCCCGUCUACAGACAGCAGCCCCCCUCUGUGUCUGGAUUUUGUCUCUUCUCUCUCUGUGUGUGCUCUCAGUUUUCUCGUAUUCAUCGAUUUACCCACUGUAACUUCUCCUCCCCCAGUUCUAGACCCACAACUCUUCCCCUUGGAUCCGAUUCUCAUCACUUUUCUGCUUUCCUUUUGCUUCCCUGGUGUUUCAUCUGAAACAAAUUGCUUUCCUUUUCUUUAUAUGCGUGUUAAUGGCUUCCAUUUCCUCUAGCCCACGCACUGUUGAAGAGAUCUUCAAGGACUACACCGCCCGCCGCGCCGGCCUCGUGCGGGCUCUGACUUUCGAUGUGGAUAAUUUCUACUCGCAAUGCGAUCCAGAAAAGGAGAACUUGUGUUUGUAUGGACACUCAAAUGAGUUAUGGGAGGUGACUCUUCCAGCCGAGGAGGUUCCACCGGAGCUACCCGAGCCAGCUCUGGGUAUCAAUUUUGCAAGAGAUGGGAUGCAGCGCAAAGAUUGGCUCUCUCUUGUUGCAGUUCACAGUGACUGUUGGCUGCUCUCAGUGUCAUUCUACUUUGGUGCCCGGCUUAAUCGUAACGAGAGGAGCAGGAAGCGGCUAUUCAGCAUGAUAAAUGACCUGCCAAGCCUGUUUGAAGUUGUAACCGGGAGGAAGCCAGUGAAAGACAAACCAAGUGUAGACAGUGGGAGUAAAGCUAGGAACAAUGCGAAGGUAAAAAGCUUCUUCUUGUCAUCAUCUCAAGUUAGUCAAAAACACUCUCGUAGAUCACUGGAUGGACAGGCGAAAAACAACUCAAAGUUAAUGGAUGAGAACUAUGGAGAUGAAGAAGAUGAGCACGGGGAGACAAUCUGUGGGACUUGUGGCGGAACAUACAACUCAGACGAGUUCUGGAUUGGGUGCGAUAUCUGUGAAAGAUGGUACCACGGGAAAUGCGUCAAGAUCACUCCAGCAAAGGCCGAGAGCAUCAAGCAUUACAAGUGCCCUUCCUGCUGCACAAAGAAGGGAAGACAGCAGUAGCAGUAGCAAAUCCCAAGUAAUAACUAUGUUCAGUAGGGAAAACACCAACAACACUCUUUUUUGAGCCAAGUGAAGGAAGGAACAAAACCGAACUGAGACGUCCUUUUUCCAGGUGUUGUGGCACAACUCUUAGGGUACUAAAAAAAAAACUUCUUUUCCUCCAUCUCUUCUCUGUUUCUACUCUGUGAGUAAGGUUAUCUUUUAUCUUAGCUCCUCUCUGUGGCAUAGCAGGUGUAUUAGUUUAGUUGUUUUGUUUCAAAUCUGGUUUUGAAGUCGCCUCCAGAUUGUGAUUGAAACCUCGUUUAUAUCUCAUUCACAAAGGGAUUUGGAUUCUUCUUCAUA